ACUAUAUCGGGUUUGUCCAAACCGGCACGAAGCGCAACGCCGAGUCGAUGGAGGCGACCGGGAAGGGCAGGAAAGGCGCCGGCGGUCGGAGGGGCGGAGGCCCCAAGAAGAAGCCGGUCUCCCGGUCGGUGAAGGCCGGCCUCCAGUUCCCUGUGGGCCGUAUCGGCCGCUACCUCAAGCAAGGCCGUUACGCCCAGCGUGUCGGCACUGGCGCCCCUGUCUACCUCGCUGCCGUCCUCGAGUACCUCGCCGCCGAGGUGUUGGAGUUGGCCGGAAACGCGGCAAGGGACAACAAGAAGAACCGGAUCAUUCCGCGGCAUGUGCUGCUGGCCAUCAGGAACGACGAGGAGCUGGGGAAGCUUCUCGCCGGCGUGACGAUCGCCCAUGGCGGGGUGCUUCCUAACAUCAACCCCGUGCUCUUGCCGAAGAAGACCGCGAACAAGGAACCCAAAUCGCCCUCCAAGCCCGCCAGCAAGUCGCCCAAGAAGGCUUAGUGGGGCGUUGGAUCCUUCAAGUCUCCUCUUUGCUCUCUCUUUGUGUGUGAUUCUGUGGUUAUAUUAGCUUCUUUUUCUUCCUUGCUUUCUUUUGUUGGGGUAGUGGAAUGAUGGGUCGAAUCUGGAAAAGGGGGGGAGCUUUGUUUGUAUCUGUCGUGGUUGCUUUUCCUUGCUGGGGAUUUUAGACGAACAAAGCGUUUGAAUUGUGGAACCUACGACUCUCUAAUGGGGAAUUUGAAGUGUUCUCGUUGCAAAUCAUAA